GGUCGAGACUCGAGAAUUGAAGUAUGUAUAUAUACAUAAUGUAUAUAUGUAUAAUAAAUGUCUAUAUACAUACUUAGUCUUUAUGUGCCUGUGUGUAUGGUAGGGCAAGCUUGUUAAAAAGUCAGAAAAUAUAACAUCGUAGCGUUAAAAUUCGAUAUUAAUCACGAAAGAAGAUAUAUUACGACCAUGGCAAAUACUCAUAGCCCUACACGUUUCAAUGGAGAGGCUGACAGCUUUUAUGACUCUAAUUUCACAUUAGACAUUAACCAGAAAAUGCGGGUACCUAAGAGUAUCAGGGUAGCAGGUGAUUAUAUGGGAGAUGAUAUGCCCAAUGGUAAUACAUGGACUGGUGCUUUCACUGAAAAACUAGAAAUGAAUGUGCCAGAUAGAAUUCUUGUCGUAGGUCAAGAACAGCAUAUAGGAACAAAAGCACCUCCCAGAGAAAUUGCUAUUGAAAAUGCUGUCUUACCCAAGUCUGAACCUGCCUAUGCUCGGUGCAUUACUCCUCCUCGAGUGCUGACAUUAGACACUCAUAAUUUUCCAACCGUUGAUGAAGAUAACAGAGCUAUUUCCAAUGGUGAUGUUAUGACUCCUAUUAAACCACAAGAACAAUACAUUCAUGAAACACCAGCUCUAGUAAGAAGUAUUAGAGAACAAACUCCAUAUGGAGUUUUGGAUACAACACUACCACCGGGCGAUGAAGUUCAGCAUUUAAAACGUCAAAUAGGAAAACUUAAUCGACGUGUCAUGGCAAUUGAAUCAGAAAUCCAACAGCAACAGCAACGAAUGAAGUUGAUUUAUGUUAUUUCAGCUUUUUAUGUAUGCUUAAAAACAAUUUUCUGGUUUGGAAAAAACUAGGUACGUUUAAUCCUCUAUGGGUUAUUAGAGGAUUUGUAACAUCUUCAAUGGUACGUCGAUGGGUUGCGCGUCGCUAUUAUACCUCGAAUAAUGUCGUCAGUACCAAAAAUCCAUUUACCACCAAUGUUUGAACGGUCGCCAAAUAUUAUAAUAAUUAAUGGAGACAUCAAAUUACAUAACUACGAAAAAAAUUUUUCAUUGUAACAUUUUUAUAAUUUAUUACGUAGAAGUGAACUUAAACUCAAUUGACGUGUUAAGUAUGACAAAAUAAUUUCUCAAAAUGGUUGAGUGUAAUUUUUAAAGCAAAAAAUGUUACAAGAUCCUAUUAACGUUAAUAUCAUUUAUAAUGAUGCAAAAUUUUAUAAUGGUGAGAAGAGAAAAAUUUUACUUUGAUUCGUUGUAAAUGAUAAUACUUUCUCUUUAUUUCCAUUAGUAUAGGAGUUAUAUAAUAAUGCGGAGAACACAAUAGUGUAUAUGAUUGAAUUUUAAUGGUACACAAUAUCAUAGUAAAGUAUAAUUCUAUUAAGUACGAGUAGAAUAAGAAAAGAAAAAAUUAAAAACUUCAUCAACAUUAUUUUUUGUUCUAUAAUUUCUUGUUAUCAUAAUGAACAAUUGUUGAUAGAAGUAUUUCAAGCAAAAGAAAAAAAGAUCUAAAGUAGCUUCAAGUGCUAACUACUUAUGUCAUAUUACUCAUUGAAUUAUGUAUCAGAUGAAACUUGUACAGAGAAUAUAUGCAUAGCGCAAAUUUGAAAAA